CUUAAAUGAAAGAUACAAAGGGGUCUAAGGGGACCAGUGCAAAAGAAAUCUCUAAGACAAACCCAGAGCGGAAACAGCGUCUCUGUUCGUCAGACGCAUUCCAACAUCUAAGCUCGAACACCCUCAGAGCCAAUCAGCACCGACGAUCGAGGAAGAGCCGGUUAACUUGCUUGAUUUUGAAGCAAAAUGGAGGGUCACGGAGAUAAAGGGUCUUCGACAUUGCAGUCCCGUUUGUCACCUUUAGCUCAGCCCUUCAAUCCCCAACCCAAUUCAUGGCAGCAAACUUUUACUCCUCCACUAGACCAUUCCCCGAGUUCUGACCCUUCUUUUUCCUCGCUCGAUUCCUUUUCUGAUCUCAAGUUGGAUGCUUUUAAUUAUUGUGGCCAUCAGUCCGAUAUGGGAGUCAUUGAUUUGCAGUAUGAUAAUCCCUCUGGUUUUGAUUUUGAUGCUCAAUCUUGUAAUUAUCCGGUGUUGGGUUUUGGCUAUGUUGGCCAAGGGGCUGAUGGUGGUGAUGUUCCAUCCAAUGUGGAACAGGACAAGAGGAGGGAUCAUCAAGGGAGUUUCUCCUGGAAGGAAGAAGGUUCAAGAGCCUAUGAGAGCUUUCUAAAACAAGGAAAGCAUGCUGCUGAAGGGUUGAAGCCUUGUGGUGAAUUUUCUGAUAAUAUGCAUGGAAAAUUAAAUGGUACGAUCAUGGGGGCAGAUAGUCAAAUCAAAUCUAGGGGCACUGAGGGAGUAAAUUAUGAAUCUUUUCCAGAGCCAAAUUCUCGGGUCACCUCUUUGAAGUUUUCAACAUCAUCAGAUUUGUGCUCUGCUGCAACAAUUCAAAACAUUCCUCAUGGUCGGUGGUCAUAUCCAAUGCCAGCAGUGAAUUGGAGCAGUUGUAAUUUGGAUGUUGAUUCAUACAAGAGAUCCUUCUCACAACUAGAUUCUUUGUCAGCUGAACAUACUGUUUCUCCUUCACCAAAGAAUAAUUCAUUGCCCGCUCUAUCAUAUGGAUCACAGGGCACUUGCACAACUGUUUCACCCCUUAAUCCUGUUUUGUCAGCGAAUUCUGAUUUUCUAGGCAUCAAUGCACUCAACAAAAAUGAGAAUUAUUCUGGCUGUAAUCCAGAAGAGUUCUAUGGGCUAAAUGGUGGUAAUCGAUUUAGCCUAAAAGAGCCACAUGUCCUGCUGAAUGGCAAAGGCAAAGAGGUCUGCCUAGAUCAUAGCUUGAUAGGAAAAGGUAAUGAAGAAAAAAGUGACGAGCCUAUCUCUGAUGAUGGUAUAGAUCCCUUACUCAUGGUCAAAUCUGAGCUGCAACCUCAUGCAAUAAAAACUGGUGCUUCUGUUGAAAGUUCUUCUAAAAUACUGGAUGAGAAUGACUCUGAUGUGGAUUCACCCUGUUGGAAAGGCACCCUGGCUUCUUGGCAAUCGCCAUUUGGAGUCUCUGGGCCUGCAAGUUCAAUACAUCUUGAAAAGGAGCCAGAAACAAAGAACAAUUUGAAUCCUUUGGCGCCUCAUUUUUUUCCUAGUAAUGCUAAAGGAGGCAUAGACUACCAUGAAAAUGAAUGUUGUAGAAGUGAUUUCUCAUCUUUCCAGAAAGGUGAAUCUUCAGCUGUUUGUUUAUCAUCAAGAGUACUUAAAAAUAGGGAUUCUACCAAAGUGGGAUCUCAUCCUCCUGAUUCGAGUAAUGGAACUGGUGCUCAAUUCUGUAAUGGCAUCUAUGAAGCAAAAAAGGAAUAUGCUUUAGGCAACUCGAGGAGUAGCUCUUUGCUCAAGUCUGCUCACGUGGUUCAGCCAUCUCUUGUGGAAGAUUACCUUACAUCUAAUGGGAAGCUUGUUAUUAGGGAAAAUGCUGAAGGCUCUUUGAAGGGAAUCGAGGAUGUUGUGCGUAGUGGUUCAACAAGCGUGCCUGUCCUUGCAAAGGAAUGUGCCCUCAGUCCAUCUUCUGGAGUUGCUCGUUUUACUGAUCUUACUGAAAUGCAUCAGGCUGCAUGGACAAAUGCUGAAGGCUCUUUGAAGGGAAUCAAGGAUGUUGUGCAUGCUGGUCCAACAAGGGUGCCUGUCCUUGCAAAGGAACACAUCAGUUCAUCAUCUUCUGGAGUUGGUCUUCUUUCUGAUCUAACUGAAACACAUCAGGAUGUAUCUAAGUCUUUGUCUACUCCUAAAGUAGAUGUUCAGAUAGUGAUUAAUGCAAUGCAUGCUCUGACAGAGUUGCUUGUACAGAACUGUUCAAAUUUACAGUCAUUGAAUGCUUACGAGCAUGACAUAAUUCAGCGUAUAAUGCAUAAGCUUUGUGUGUUUUCCACAAAUAGGGUUGAACAAAGGGUUUCAAUGCCUGAGUCAACUCAAACAGGAACUCCAUACUGUCCUUAUAAGUCAGCAGAACACUCCAAGGUAUGGCAGUGCUCCGACGUGGAACUUAGACUAGCAUGGACAAAGACAAUGGCUGUUCCACAUGAGCCUGGCUAUCAGAAUUACCAUGAGGCACAAAAGAGUAUUUAUACUGUGUUCACUGAGAAAGCGCUGGAUUCGUUUUCUUCAUGCAGUGAUUUAUGGGCUGAGAAGGGCAAUGACAUUAUCCAGAUGCAGGUUAUUGCAGAUGCUCUAACAGAAAAACAUCAGAUUCAGGAAGAGAUGCAUCCAGAAGCUUUACUAUAUAGAAACUUAUGGCUUAAGGCAUUACGUGCCCUGAAAUAUAAAAAUUGUGCCUUGAGCAUGAAGUAUGAUGGGAUGGAUGGAUGCAAAUCAUUCAAAAAUUAAGGUGUUGGGAAAGUUUGCCAAAGACAAAAAGGUAGAGAAUGAUGGAGUUUCAUAAUGUUUCACCUGAGCCAAGCAUGGGUUAUAGUUGUUCGAAGCCAAAGCUACAGAUUCUGCUCCCAUAUAUAAGCAUGGAGUUAGGGUUUUGUUUACAGAUGGCAAGCUUACAUUAGGGAAUGGGUCUUUAUUUAAGAUGUAUGGUUCAAGGCUCAAAUUAAUGUAUGAAUGGAGUGUCAUAAGCCGUGCAUGGAUCGCAGAGACACCGUAGGCGGUAUGUUAGAAACAUCUUGAAAAUUUUGUUUCUUCAGGAUCUUAGGGAGGUGACAAGCCCUUGGAGAUCUUACUAAUGACAAAAUUGGAGGCUGCUGUUAUCAGGAAAUGGGUAUUGACCUUGAAAUGCAACAUCAUUGUUUUUUUUUUGUUCAAUGGUGAAAAGAGUUUGAGCCGGAUUUAGUAUGUUAUGCUUAUGUAACUGGUUAACUGUAAUGUGAAGAAUAAUUUGUCCUGGGUUUGAAUGCCUCAAUAGAAUUGGGUGCAUGAAUUGGUUCAGCAGUGUGGCAAAAGUGACAACUCAAAUUGCAAUUUGAACUUUAGGAAGAGGCUUGGGCAGCACUAUGCUAUA